CCUUACACUGUAAACAACCAAGUUGGCCAUUGCAAAAGUUUGCAUGUUGUGGGGGAAAAGCUUUAAAACAUGGGGGUUCUGAAGCAAAUGCAGAUAGUUUUUGAUAACGACAAAGAUGAAUUUUCUCAAGGUGACGUCAUAAAGGGAGCGGUGGUCGUCGAAGUGGAAGGGGACCAGGAUGGCGGCUUGCAAAGAGUGAAAGGGGUGUGGAUAAAGUUCAAGGGCGUGGCCAAAACUGAAUGGACGAAUACCAGUUACAACAGCACGUCUGGUGCGACAGAAACGAAGUACCAUGUGCAACGAGAGGAUUAUUUGAAGAAGACUGUUGUGUUGUUCGGCACAGGAAAGUUUGACCGCGACAUUGACAACCUGAGCAUACCCCCAGGAACGAACAACUAUCCUUUUGAGUUGCCAGUUCCAGACGAUCCCCUACAACCGAAGUCCUUCCAGGGUAUCUACGGGUACAUUCGGUACACCGCCAAAGCCACGCUGUCGGUCAGACGGAUGCACAUCAACACGGAGACCAAGACGGUGAGGCCGUUCAGCAUGAUGGGACCCGCGGUGGAUCUCAGCAUCAUUCCGGGCAUCCAGAACUCCGUGAAGACUAAAGUUACUCAGUACGGCUGUUGUGGAUGCGGGACCAUGGUCGAGAGGGUCAUCACUAUCGGUGUGCCCAGGCGCGGUUACUUCAGCAAUGACGCCAUCUACGUCAUCGGACAGAUUGACAACCGUGACGGCGAGGAAGAGAUAUACUUUGACACAACACUUGUCCAACGAAUCAGUUUCUCCUGUGGAAGGCACACUCGCACCAAGGAGUACAACCUAAGCCGGGCGAGUAAAUCGGUCUCGUGUCCCAGGGGCUGGGUAACCGAUUUCACCGUGGGGCCAUUACAUACCCUCAUCAGUCCGCCCUCUGGUCUUCCUGGUUGUGAUUUGAUCGAUGUUGAGUAUUACGUAAAGUGCAUUGGCUGUAAGUUUACCAAGGCAAUUCCAGUGAUCAUUGGUACCAUGCCUGUGCGAGGCGAGGCCCCGGUACUCACUGCUGAGUCCUCGGUACCAGCGGACGUCAUAGCCCUUCGGCCAGCCAGUGUCCCUGCACCGAUCACGCAAGACAGCAACUACUCAUCUGAAGAAUCGGAGACGGGCGAAUGUGAUAGACUUCUCAAAUCCUCGCCUCAAGACUACGAUUUGGAUGGCGCCCCACCCGGUCGCCAUAUCAUCAGGUGAUGAGAACCAACCAAACGCAUCGGAAGACCGCUGUUAAUGUCUGGGCUUGUCUUGAGAAAUCAUGCAAAGUGAAAUAAGCCCUUUUUCAGCACCAAUAUUCGCUGGGUUUCAGCAAUGGGGUUAUGAGGGCGGAUCAAGAACGAAAAUUGGGGAGGGGGUAGUCCAAGUUGUUUUGGGGCCAAAAAGUUUGGACAUUUCUGUAUGUUACCUUUUGCGGCUUUUCUGAGGCUGAAUUUGAAGGUUUUUAACCCGCUUUUGGAAGAAAUGGAAGUGAACUGGUCCCCCAACCUCCUAUUCCACGAUUACAAAAUCUUCUGCAAAGUUGACGUAAGCCUACAGACUGAGCUCACCCUUUCGAUGAAAGAAUUACUUCCAUUGUGGGAUCGAUCUCCCCACAGGUGAUUACAAAAAUACAAAAACAAUCGACGCAACAACAAAGCAGAGGGGGCUAAAGAUCAAAAUGCAUAUUUACUCAGUACUCAACAGUUCAUUACAUUUGGAUAUUUUGAAAAUGAGCUACUUCUAAAACGUCUUACCGUACAGAUGUCGGCAGUUGCCCCGAUUGUAAAAUAUCCAUUUCAAAAAUGUCGUUAGUGUCACACUUCCCUUCCACAUUUCCAAAUAUUACAAUUUUAUAUUCCUACAUGUAAUACAUUUCACUGCUCUUGUUUAUUGCACAUUACUUUAAUCGGAUUACAAAUAAAUUUAUCGCAAUUGGGCUGAGUAAUAAUUAAAUGCUCUGUCGAAAUCAAGGUUUGCAUAGUGCUGACUGGAAAAGCAUAAAUGUGGCAAUAGAACAUGAAUAUCGCUAAGUAUAAAAAACAUCAGAGUUAAUUAAAAUGCAUACUUAGUUUGCUAAUGGAAUAAUCGCAGAUUUGUUUCGUAUUUAAAGGCACAAACGAUCAGCGUCCUCACAAAGAAACGCUAAUUCGUGUCGACAUCUCAAGAUUGGAGAGAUCUUUGCGGCCUAAUACAAAAUUAAAAAAAUUACACAAAACGUACCAA